ACACACGAGAGAAGAUGAAGCAGGAACCUUACCCAGCCAUCAUUCUCCGUCAUCAUGCAAGCUCUUCACUCGCUCACCCUUCGUGCUUCUCCCUUGGACCCGCUUACAAUGCCGCCAAUAGAAGAGUUGUCGCCGCUAAAUGCGACUUCUUUGUCUUCGCCACGAUAGUGCCCAAGGUCUCUGCCCUGCAGUGCCAGAAGGACCCCAAAUGCGUCUUCUUCAUCUCUGUUUCGUGUUCGUGUUCGGCAACGACGUCAAGGGUUAUUACGAGUAGCUCCUUGCCGGAAAGAGUGGCAUCACCGCCAUCGAUCGGUUCGACGCGUCCAAGUUUCCCACCCGCUUCGGGGACCAGAUCCGCGGCUUCUCUGCCGAGGGAUAGUGAGCCUAACAUCAUCAAUGGUGUGUGGUCAGUGUGUGUGGAUUGUGGAUUUGAAGAGAGCCACUGAUGGAAGCCUAAUACAUUGCGGCGAGCUUCGAGACAAAGGUUAAGGGUUUGGAGAAUCAAAUCCAUGGUUAGAGUGAUGUGGGAGUAGCUGAGGUGGAGGCGCUUCGAAACUGAGAGAGGGUCAGAGUCUGGUUCUUUCAGAAGCUUAGAGGAGAGAUUAUGCAUAACUGGGUUUAUUUGGGUAACCGACGAGAAAUGUCUGGUUAUCAAUCCCUUUCUUCUUAUUUUUCUUCAUUUUUUCGAUUCAGUUCUUCAUUUUUUCCUUUUUAUUUUUCUCAAAGCUUUCAAAUUUUUCUAAUGAUUUAUUUUUUACUAUGUUAUCAGAGUGCCACCUGCAACAAUUCCGAUCGUUGCUCACCAUUGUCAACAACCAUCACUGUCGCCGUUGGUAGAGGUCUCCUUUCCAGUCGCCCUCUAACCAUAUUUCAUUAAAAAUCUCCUAAUAUGAAAGAAAUCCUUAAUCUGGACAAUUAAAUAAUAUAACAUAACACGUCAUAUAACACUUAGAAAAUACUUACUAACAAAUUAAAUAAUAAAUUUCACAUAAUAUAAAACGUAUACAUCAACAGAUUAAGUGUGCACCACGUCAGUCAAUUUUAA